AUGACAUUUCAAAAUGGUGUCUCUUCUUCUCCCAUUAAAGCUAUGCUCCAUGCCCCUACCAUUGAAACCAACCAUAAUGAGCCUAUUGAAAUCAUUUCUUUCUCUCCUAUUCAAAAUGGCACCCAAAAUGGAGAUUCUUUUUCGCCUGCCUUUCCGGGAUGCUAUGUCGAUAUUGCCCCAUUCUAUCCUGAUCACGGACAAGUAUUUAAGCUAGAGAAGGUCAUAUUCAAAGGAAAAUCCCAGUAUCAAGAUCUUUUUGUUUUUCAGACAUCAACACAUGGAAAGGUUGUUAUUUUGGAUGGGUCACUUCAACUAACAGAGAAGGAUGAAUUUGCUUAUCAAGAAAUGCUCACUCAUCUCCCACUUUGUUCUAUUCCCAAUCCCAAAAAGGUCUUGCUCAUUGGAGGAGGAGAUGGAGGGAUUCUUCGAGAAGCAUCUCGACAUGCUUGCCUUGAGCAAAUCGACAUUUGUGAUCUCGACAAGAUGGUGGUUGAUGUUUACAAGAAGCACUUCCCAAACAUUGCUAUCGGAUACAAGGACCCUCGUGUGAAUUCAUACAUAGGCGACGGUAGGAAACAUAGAACUACCAUGUUUGUUACAUUUCACCCCAUCGUUUUGAGGAUUGUUGUUGCUUUUAUGUUUGUUACUUUCGUGUAAUUGUUUGGUUGUUG